GCCUCCUGCGCGAGCUGACUCCGCAGCCCGAGCCUGUGGCUGGGAGACGCGGACGCGGCUGCCUCGGGACCGAGGACCCCUCCGGUCCGGACGGCCAGAAAGAACUGAGGCCGUGGCCCGCCCCGCCCGGCUCCCGCCGCCGCUGUCCGGGACCAAAAGAUGCGCUCCAGGGUCUCCCCACCCCUGCUGCUACUACUGCUGCUGUUGGCCCCGGGGCCUGGGGUGCAGGGUUGCCCAUCUGGCUGUCAGUGCAACCAGCCACAGACAGUCUUCUGCACCGCCCGCCAGGGGACCACGGUGCCCCGCGACGUGCCGCCCGACACGGCGGGCCUGUACGUCUUUGAGAACGGCAUCACAACGCUCGACGCAGGCACCUUUGCCAGCCUGCCAGGCCUGCAGCUCCUGGACCUGUCACAGAACCAGAUCACCAGCCUGCCCGGCGGGGUCUUCCAGCCGCUCGCCAACCUCAGCAACCUGGACCUGACCGCCAACAAGCUGCGCGAGAUCACCAACGAGACCUUCCGUGGCCUGCGGCGCCUGGAGCGCCUCUACUUGGGCAAGAAUCGCAUCCACCACAUCCAGCCUGGUGCCUUUGAUGCUCUGGGCCACCUCCUGGAGCUCAAGCUGCAGGACAAUGAGCUGCGGGCACUGCCCCCGCUGCACCUGCCUCGCCUGCUGCUGCUGGACCUCAGCCACAAUAGCCUCCUGGCCCUGGAGCCCGGUGCCCUGGACACCGCCAAUGUGGAGGCGCUGCGGCUGGCCGGCCUGGGGCUUCGGCAGCUGGACGAGGGGCUCUUUGGCCGCCUGCGUAACCUCCAUGACUUAGAUGUGUCUGACAACCAGCUGGAGCGUGUGCCGCCCGCCAUCCGGGGUCUACGGGGCCUGACGCGGCUGCGGCUGGCAGGCAACACGCGCAUCGCCCAGCUGCGGCCCGAGGCCCUGGCCGGCCUGGCAGCCCUGCAGGAGCUGGACCUGAGCAACCUGAGCUUGCAGGCCCUGCCGCACGAGCUCUCAGGCCUCUUCCCCCGCCUGCGGCUCCUGGCUGCAGCCCGUAACCCCUUCAACUGCGUGUGCCCCCUGAGCUGGUUCGGCCCUUGGGUUCGAGAAAGCCGCGUGGUACUGGCCAGCCCAGAGGAAACACGCUGCCACUUUCCACCCAAGAAUGCCGGCCAGAUGCUCCUGGACCUUGACUACGCCGACUUUGGCUGCCCAGCUACCACCACCACGGCCACGGUGCCCACCACAAGGCCCUUGGUAUGGGAGCCCACAACCUCGCCUUCCAGCCCAGCCCCCACCUGGCCCAACCCCACAGAGCCCGCUGCAGAAGCCCCCAGCCUGCCACCUGCCGACCUGCCCACCGUGGGGCCUGACCCCCAGCCCCAGGACUGCCCGGCAUCCAUCUGCCUCAGUGGGGGCACAUGCCACCUGGGGGCUCGGGGCCACCUGGAGUGCCUGUGCCCUGAAGGCUUCACGGGCCUAUACUGCGAGAGCCCAGUGAGGCUGGGGCCACGGCCCACCCUUGCCGCAGCCACACUGAGGCCGCCUGGGCCCCUGCCCCUUGGGAUUGAGCCUGUGAGCCCCACCUCCCUGAGAGUGGGGCUACAACGCUACCUGCAGGGAAGUUCCGUGCAGCUCAGGAGCCUCCGCCUCACCUACCGCAACUUGUCUGGCCCCGACAAGCGGCCGGUGACACUGCGGCUACCUGCCUCACUCGCCGAGUACACAGUCACCCAGCUGCGGCCCAAUGCCACCUACUCCAUCUGUGUCAGGCCACUGGGAGCUGGGCGGGUGCCCGAGGGUGAGGAGGCCUGUGGGGAGGCCCGCACGCCGCCAGCCGUCCGCUCCAACCAUGCCCCGGUCACGCAGGCCCGGGAGGGAAACCUGCCACUUCUCAUUGCACCGGCCCUGGCUGCUGUGCUCUUAGCCGCGCUGGCUGCUGUGGGGGCAGCCUACUGUGUGCGGCGGGGGCGGGCCGCAGCGGCUGUGGCUCAGGGCAAAGGGCAGGUGGGGCCAGGCGCUGGGCCUCUGGAGCUGGAAGGAGUGAAGGCCCCCUUAGAGCCAGGCCCCAAGGCAAUUGAGGGUGGUGGGGAGGCCCCACCAGGCGGGCCUGAGUACGAGAUGCCACUCAUGGGCUACCCAGGGCCUGGCCCCCAGGGAGCCCUCCCCACUAAGCCCUACAUCUAAGCUGGGAGUGAUGGACCGUGGGCCUGGGCUCUCAGCCCUGCUGGGACUGGCCAGUGCCUGCCUGCUGCCAGACCAAGAAGUUCUCGGAACCGUAUGACGAGGACACGGCAGGGCAGGGGCUGUGUGACUGCAGCAAGUCCCUGCCCCUCUCUGGACCGUGGUCUCCUCAUCUAAGAUGCUGGGACCCAGGUGAAGACCUCUAAGGUCCCCCUGGCCCGAGUGCCUCGGAGGACGGUGUCUGCCCGUCCUCUGCAACACACAACCUCUGAGGUGGGGCGGGCUCUGCAGUGUGCUGGUAACACAGGCCCGGGGUUGCCAGGCCCCCACCCCAAGGAGACUCUGGGGGCCAGUGAAGGGAGCCCCAGAAAGAGAGCAGAGGGAGAACAGGGGUAGGGAUGGGUGUGUGGCCCAGCCUUGGCUCCAGGGAGUGAAGCCACAAAAGAAACUGGAAAGAGAGACGCUUUAGGAACAAGUUUUGCUUUUGUUUUUUAAAAUAUAUUUAUAAGAGAUUUCCCAUUUAUUCUGGGAAAAUGUUUUUUAAACUCAGAGACAAGAACUUUGGUUUUUGUAAGACAAACGAUGAUAUGAAGGCCUUUUGUAAGAAAAAUAAAAGAUAAAAUAAAAUGAGUGGUUUUUUGGCAUGCCUUCAGGGUACCAGGCUGGGCGGAGGGAAGGUGGGGGUGCAGAGUGGGUGUGAAGGGACAGCCUUCUCUGUAGGGAAGCUGGGGGUCAGGACCCGUCUCCUGACGGGUACCAGGCCCUGGCCAACACCCCUGGGCUUGGGAGUGCUAAUGCUGAGGGCAGCCUUCCCAGGACUCCUGCCCUGGGCUGUAUCCACCCAGCCUCCACUGAGGUGCCCAGGCCAGCAUCCUGGUGAGACUGGCAUCCAGGCGGGAGCAGGGACAGAAACUGGACAGAUUCCAGCCCCAGGGAAGAACAACCCUACCCAGGCAGUCUCCUACCAGCAGGAGCUGCAGUGCUCCUAUGAAAAGCUCAUGGCAGAUGAGCCCCCCAGGAGGGUCCUCAAGGGUCCCUCCUCAGCUGUGGGUCUGACAGGCAGCCCAUGCCUACCUUCCUCUGUGGAGGGAGUACCUCGAGCUGCUUCCUGUCAGGCUCUCAUGGAUGCUGCUGGCCCAGGCGGCAUGCACAGCCCACCCUCCAUGCGGUCCCACUGCCCCUCUGCAUGGGAUCCUGCUCCAGCUACAGAGAAGGGGCCUUCGUAAAGGGCAGCACAGGUCCUGAACGGCAGGAGCCCUGCGGUGGGGGAGGGGCCAUGCCAGGCUGUUAGGGACAAGCAGACCAGGGACAGGACCAGAGGUCUGAGCCUUGCUUAUGGGGACCUUGUGGCCUUCUGAUGCCCCCUUUACAAUUGGGAUGUGCUUGGUUUUGUAAAACCUGUAAGUGGGAGGAGUAUUGUCCAGGAAGGCCGCAGGCCUAGGAGCAGGGCCAGGAAUGGUGCUGAGAGCUUGGGGACAGCGACAGGUACAGAGCACCUUUUCUCAGUACCUUUUGGAUGGUAAGAGAGGUGGGCCCUGGGGCUGCAGAGAGGCCCUGAAGAUGUUGGAGCAAGGCUCCCCGAAGGCCCCUGCCUGUGUCCCUCUGUGGGUCACGGCCCCUGGCACUCAGCCUCACCCUGGCGGGAAGGAGGUAGCCCAGCCAGGCCUGGGGAGCAGGCACUGCGGCCUGGGGCGUUGAUGUAAGCGCCGAGUCAGGCCUGGCCACGCGAGGCUCUGGAUUCAAUUAGCGGCUGCUGAGGGUUCUGGCAUGAGAAGGGAGGAGGUGGGCGGUGGGUCGUGGGGGCAGAGGGUGGUGGCAGUGGGCCUGGGUGGGGCCCCAUCUUCCUGAGGCAGCAGCGGUGGCCCAGGUGCAUUUCCUGCAGGCCUGGGUCCCAUUACGGGAGCGGCUACAGUGAAGGCCUGCCCUCCCCCCUCAGCGGCCCCGUCAAAGAGGCCAUUGUGGGCCUGUGGGCUGCUGUUGAACACGGUGGCUGCUGAAUAAAUGUUUUUGCUGCAAAGCCAAACCUGGCCUCGUGGGCCGGCAGGGGGUGGGGUAGGAGGCAGGACCUAAAGAAAGGGGCUGGACGUUCAUGCCAGCCCUCCCAGAAAAGGCAGUUGGGGUGUCCCAUCAGAUCAGGGGCUGGGAGAUGAAGGUAGGGCCAGGGGCCGACUGGGGGACCAAGCCAAGA